GGAGGCCCGGCCCGGAAGCUGCCGCGCGGGCUGCGCUCGCCCACGGGCUGCGGAGUUCCGUGUAUCCCGGAGUCCGGGGCCGGCGCGUCUUCCUUCCUCGGUCGCCUGGCCUAUGGGUGUCCGUGGCGACGGCAGGGACCCGGCCGGGGGGCGGGCAGCCCGAGUGGGGUCGCGGAGCUCCGGGGGUCUCUGCGCGGGCGUCGCGGUGUUCGCUGCGGUGGCCGCCGUGUUCACCCUCACGCUGCCCCCCUCGGUGCCGGGGGGAGACUCGGGGGAACUGAUCACAGCCGCACAUGAGCUUGGAGUUGCCCAUCCUCCUGGCUAUCCUUUGUUCACUUUGGUGGCUAAACUGGCAAUUACCCUAUUUCCUUUUGGUUCAAUUGCCUACCGAGUCAAUCUUCUGUGUGGCUUAUUUGGAGCAGUAGCUGCGUCAUUACUUUUUUUCACCGUUUUCAGGCUUUCUGGCUCCUGUGCUGGAGGAAUCCUUGCUGCGGGGGUGUUUUCAUUCUCCCGGCUCACAUGGCAGUGGUCCACUGCAGCAGAGGUUUUCAGCUUAAACAAUCUGUUUGUGGGGCUGCUUAUGGCUCUUACAGUACACUUUGAGGAGGCAGCAACUGCAAAAGAAAGAUCAAAGAUAGCUAAAAUUGGUGCAUUCUGCUGUGGCCUUAGCUUAUGUAAUCAGCACACAAUAGUACUCUAUAUUUUGUGCAUAAUGCCAUGGAUUCUUUUUCGACUUUUACAAGAGAAGGAACUCUCCCUGGGCUUUUUGCUGAAGUUGGGUCUGCACUUCUCUGCUGGUUUGCUGCCUUAUUUCUACCUUCCUGUCUCUUGCUACCUCAAUCAAGCCCGUUGGAGCUGGGGAGACCAGACAACGUUGCUAGGAUUUUUGACACAUUUUCUCAGGGAAGAAUAUGGAACAUUCAGUCUGGCCAAAUCUGAAGUAGGAUCCAGUAUGUCUAAAAUUCUGCUUUCUCAGGUAAUGAAUAUGAGGACCCAACUCUCAUUCAACAUUCAAGCUCUUGCAAUUUGGGCAAAUAUAUGUUUAGCAAGAAAGGACAGAAAGAACCCAUCAUUAGUAUGGCUUUUCACUGGAAUGUUUUGCAUUUAUUCAUUGUUCUUUGCUUGGAGAGCAAAUUUAGAUAUUUCAAAACCACUUUUCAUGGGUGUGGUAGAACGAUUCUGGAUGCAGAGCAAUGCGGUGGUGGCCGUCCUCGCUGGCAUCGGUUUGGCCACCCUUGUUUCUGAGAGUAACCGAGUGUUGAACACCAAUGGGCUCCAGUGCCUGGAAUGGCUUUCAGCAACUCUUUUUGUAACUUACCAAAUAUAUUCUAAUUUCAGCAUUUGUGACCAAAGAACCAACUAUGUGAUUGAUAAAUUUGCAAAGAAUCUUCUAUCCUCUAUGCCUCAUGAUGCAAUUAUUUUACUCAGAGGAGAUUUGCCAGGGAAUUCUCUCCGCUACAUGCAUUAUUGCGAGGGCCUGAGGCCAGAUAUUUCAUUAGUGGAUCAGGAAAUGAUGACUUAUGAGUGGUAUUUACCCAAGAUGGCAAAGCAUUUACCAGGUGUCAACUUUCCUGGAAACCGGUGGAAUCCUGUGGAAGGAAUAUUACCUAGUGGAAUGGUCACAUUUAAUCUUUAUCAUUUUCUUGAAGUAAAUAAACAAAAAGAAACAUUUGUUUGCAUAGGAAUUCAUGAAGGUGACCCAACCUGGAAAAAGAACUAUUCACUUUGGCCCUGGGGUUCUUGUGACAAAUUAGUUCCUUCAGAGAUUGUGUUCAACCCUAAGGAAUGGAUUCAACUUACAAGAAAUAUCUAUAACUGGACUGAAGAAUAUGGAAGGUUUGACCCAUCUUCUUGGGAGUCUGUGGCCAAUGAAGAGAUGUGGCAAGCGAGGAUGAAAACACCGUUCUUCAUCUUUAACUUAGCAGAAACUGCCAGUGUGCCUUCAAAUGUGAAAGCUCAACUCUACACACAUGCAUAUAAUUUCUACUUCAGAAAACACUUGUCCCAUCAUUGCUUGUUCUGUGUUCUCACGGAGUCAUCUGGUAAACUCACGCUCCUGUGGAUCCGACCCCAAUUUGACAAUCCCCAAGUAGGCUGUGAAAUUCCCAAACAACUUUAUAAGGAGAUUGUCUAUUUACAAAAGGAACACCCGGUAAACUGGCACAAGAACUAUGCCAUUGCCAGUGAGCGGAUGCUGCGCCUUCCGGAAAGGGGUGCAGACCCUGAAGUCUUGUUAUCUGAAACCAUCAGACAUUUCCAUCUGUACACUCAGAAAGCACAGGAUGAUCCUCAGCGGGCUGAUAUUUCAGUUGCUCUAAAGCACCUAAGAAAGGAACUGCAGAGUCUGAGAAACAUGAAAAAUGUCUGAUGCAGCAAAAUGUGAAAAACCUGCCCAUUGUUCAGCAUCCAAAAUUUUGAAGGCCAGAAGUUUUCCCCCAAGAAAAGAAACUGUAUGGGAAAUUGAAGACUAAGCCAUCACCCAGAUAAAAGGAACAAGGUACAGCAGGACUCUUCAGUGGCAGAGAUGUGCCCUUUAUGAAACUUAGGUUUAUCCCACGGCACCACAUUAGUCGUUCAAUGAGAAUCUUUGGGAAAAUCUUCCUACGUCCACAGUCUUUCAGUCUAAUGACUUUACUUGACUAGAUUCUAGAAGAGAAUAGACUAUUUUCAUACAUUUUAAAUAUCAACCAUGAAUCCUUUAAGGGCCUAGAUUUUAAGGACCUGUUUUGAUGGUUAAAUUCUUAA